ACUUAUAAAUCAGCUGUUUAGUAUCUACAUCCUCUGCUCUUCCAGGUAACUUUAACAAAGAAACUGCUGAGUUUGACUCUCUCAGCUUCCGCACUGAUAUAAUUUAAACAGACAGUCUCCCACUCCUGUCUUCAACCCACUCACAGAGGAAGCGCCAAAACGCCGAAGUUCCAAAAAUGGAGAGGUGCUCGACAGCGGACUCAGCGUCAUCUUCAUCGCUCUGCGCCGUCCCCGAGGCGCUGCAGGGCGGGUAUAAAACACUGUCAGUCCACGGAGACCUUCUCGAAAACACCAUUCCUUCCCUUCUCUCCUCCUUGUUCCAGAACCUUCUGUGUGUCCUCAGAAAUCCUCAGCAGGUUUUUAUUUAGAUUAACUUUUAGAUUAACAGUGUUUGAUCUCGUAAAACCAGAGACAGGUUCUCGGGAUCAAAACAUCGCCCGUGAAAACAAUCAGACUGAUCCACAGAGUGCCUGUUGCACCAAUUUAAGAGCUGGCAGGGCGGCUGAAGCGCUUUCUGCGUGCACACAGAACAUGUGGAACAUCACCCACGCGGCCUUUACGGCUAUGCUGUGGAACGUGAUCUGCGUGAUUGUCGCCUCAGCCCACAAAGACCACAAAAACAUCACAACUGAAUCUGGACAGAACAUCACUCUACCAUGUCGAGCUUCAAACAUGUCCUUCAUAGCCAUAGAGUGGAGCAGAUUUGACUUAAAGCCAGAAUAUGUACUUUUAAGCCGUGACGGGCACUUUGACCCACACAACCAGCAUUUAUCUUUUGAGAAUCGAGUUGAUCUGCAGGAAAGAAAGAUGAAGGAUGGAGACGUGUCUUUGAUUCUGAAGGACGUGACGACUGAUGACACUGGAACAUACGAGUGUCGUGUCUUCAUGGAAGAAACACGCUCAUGGAAAUCCAUCACCAUCAUCUACCUGAGAGCUGUUGUUCCUCCAGGUCCGCCAGUAGAGAAUCGACCUGUGGGACUGAUCAUUGGAGUCAUCGUUGGUCUGUCAGCUGUGCUGAUUUUUGUGGCCUGUCUCAUCUAUAAAAAUCCCGAAAAAAGACAAAACAUAUUUCUUGUUCCAUCUUGUCACGAACGGAUACGACAUUGUUUCUGUAGACGAGCAGGGGCUCAUGUAACAUCGGCAGUAAUAUAAUUUCCCUUCCCCUUCCCCUUUCAUCCCCCUUCUUGAAUUGCCACCUUAUCGUGGUGGAGGGGUUUGUGAGCUCAGACGAUCCUGGGAGCUGAGUUGUCUGGAGCGUUCAGCUCCUGGUAGGGUCUCCCAUGACAAACAGGUCCCAGGUGAUGAGCCAGACUAAGAGCAAUUCAAAAAAACAUUGUCCUGUUUGUACCAAUCAUGUGGACAACAGCUAAAUCUGAUUUAGCGACUUAGUGUUACCUAAGACAUGAUUGCGGAUUAUAAAAACCUGUGAUAAUGAAAGGACAAUAUGUAACUGUUAAAUGUAAUAAAAUGAGUUAGACUUGAAACACGAGACCACAGAGUUCUGUGUGAACACACCAACAUGUUGGCUGGUGUGGACCAGGUAAAGACAACAUGUACUCAUACAAAUAUCAAAGAUGAGUAGCUCAAUUACAUUUUAUGCAAAGGACAAGUACUCCAGCUGGCUUCUGUUGUUACCUGGUGUUACUUAAAUAUAAUUGUAUUGACAGUAUUUGAAUUUACUGACACAACUUCUUUUUUUACUGUUUACACGUCAAAUCUGUAUCAGGUAUCCUGUAAAUUCAGCUGUCAUAAUAACAGCACUGAAGGUAAAACAGCUUUCUAUAGACUGGGACACUUCAGGCUAAAUUAUGUGUUCACUGCAUCUAAAAAAACAAUAAUGAUGCUAAUGAUUAUUACUGUGUUUAUUAUCAGGUGAUUUGUAUGUUUAUGCCAUUAAAAGAUGGAAUCAAAAUACUUCUAAUGGCAUUUAUUGUACAGUUUUAUUUAUGUUUUAUUGUUGCUGUGCACUGAAAGCAGCAGUUUGGGAAUCAGAUUGUUGUUUAAAAUGAACUUGAUGCAAAAGUUUUUUUCUCUUCAGUACUUUGUGUGAUCCUGAUACUGACUGUGAUCAGUGUGACUGGAGCCAUGGUUGGUUUUCUGUCCUGCAGAACUGUUAAUAAAAGCUGUUUGUUGCAUG